AUCUUUCUCCUCUUCUCUAUCUAUCCAAAUCUUUCUUUGCUCUCUUUCUUGAUUCUUAUACUCUCCGGCAUCCCCUUGUUUAUUCACUCAACCUCUUGUCGUUUCGCCCCCUCUCGCCGUGGUCAUCUCUAUCCGCACCCCAGACCUUCAUCUACUUUAUCGCCUCUACCCCUCCUCCGUGACUCGCAGUGCGAGCUGUAGGCCUCUUUCAUCCUGAUUUGAAAGUCUUGCUCCCGUAGCAAGGCUUUCCCAGAGACCGUUCACGAUUUCCUCCGAACUUCCCGUUCGUGACGCUGCGAAGCCUGGAAAGCGCAGAGCGUCUGUUGAUAACAAAGCUCCGCCGGAGAAGAAGAUCAUGACUGACUCCAAGAUGGAACUUGACAACCCGCAGGAAACUGUGGAGUUGAUCAAGCAAGGAGAAAUCGACGAGUCUCUUUACAGUCGGCAACUUUAUGUCCUCGGACAUGAAGCUAUGAAGCGUAUGGGCUCCUCAAACGUUCUGGUGGUUGGUUUGAAAGGUCUAGGUGUCGAAAUUGCCAAGAACAUCGCACUUGCUGGUGUCAAGUCCCUCACGUUGUACGAUCCUGCGCCGGUCGCUAUCUCAGACCUCUCUUCCCAGUUCUUCCUCCAGCCGCAAGAUGUCGGCAAGCCCCGUGCUGAGGUCACAGCGCCGAGAGUCGCGGAGUUGAACUCCUAUGUUCCGGUUACAGUCCAUGAAGGUGCCAGCCUUGUUGAGGACCUGGAGCAGCUGAAACGCUACCAAGCGAUCGUCAUUACCCUGACCCCUUUGAAGGAACAGCUUGCUAUUGCCGACUUUUGCCACAAGAACGGUAUUUACCUUACUAUCACGGAUACUUUCGGCCUUUUUGGGUACCUCUUCAACGACUUUGGAAAAAACUUCACGGUCGGUGAUGCUACAGGCGAGGAGCCACUCAGCGGUAUUGUGGCGAGCAUUGAUGAGGAAGGCUUGGUCUCAGCAUUGGAUGAGACCCGACACGGCCUGGAAGAUGGUGACUUCGUGACUUUCUCGGAGGUCAAAGGUAUGGAGGGACUGAACGGCUGUGCUCCUCGCAAAAUCACCGUUAAGGGCCCGUAUACUUUCUCUAUUGGAGAUGUGUCUGGACUUGGAACGUACCAAAACGGCGGUAUCUAUACUCAGGUCAAGAUGCCCAAGUUCAUCGAUUUCGCGCCACUAGAAGAGCAGCUCAAGAAGCCCGAGGUCAUGGUGUCGGAUUUUGCCAAAUUUGAUCGUCCACUGCAGCUCCACGUUGGCGUUCAAGCACUACACAAAUUCGCAGAGGGUCAUAGCGGUGAACUUCCUCGUCCUCACAAUGACAGCGAUGCGCAGGAGGUGUUGAAGAUUGCCAAUGACCUAGCAUCCAGCCUAGAGGAGAAGCUUGAACUGGACGAGAAGCUUCUUAAAGAGCUCAGCUACCAAGCCCGUGGUGACCUGAAUCCGCUGGCUGCAUUGUUCGGAGGCAUCGCUGCGCAGGAGGUGCUAAAGGCUGUAUCCGGCAAAUUCAACCCCGUGCAUCAGUGGCUGUACUUUGACUCUUUGGAGUCUCUUCCAACUUCCACUACGCGGUCCGAGGAGGCUUGCAAGCCUCUGGGUACUCGCUAUGAUGGCCAGAUUGCCGUCUUUGGUAAAGAGUUUCAAGAAAAGAUCUCCAAUGUCACCCAGUUCUUGGUUGGCUCUGGUGCCAUUGGCUGUGAGACGCUGAAGAACUGGGCUAUGAUGGGCCUGGGAACCGGUCCCAAGGGAAAGAUCUAUGUCACUGAUAUGGAUCAAAUCGAGAAGAGCAACCUUAACCGGCAGUUUUUGUUCCGCAGCAGAGAUGUCGGCAAGCUCAAGAGUGAAUGUGCCUCUGCGGCUGCGGAAGCAAUGAAUCCCGAGCUGAAGGGCCAUAUUGUCACUCUGCGCGACCGUGUAGGCUCUGAUACGGAGCAUGUCUUCAACGAGGAGUUCUGGGAGCGCUUGGACGGUGUCACGAAUGCUUUGGACAACGUCGACGCUAGAACUUACGUCGAUCGCCGUUGUGUCUUCUUCAGAAAGCCUUUGCUCGAAAGUGGCACUCUUGGCACCAAGGGCAACACCCAAGUCGUUCUUCCCCGGAUCACUGAGUCGUACUCAAGCUCUCAGGACCCCCCGGAGAAGACCUUCCCAAUGUGCACUCUGAAGAGUUUUCCCAACCGCAUUGAGCACACUAUCGCUUGGGCUAGGGAUCUUUUCCAGACGUACUUUGUGGGUCCUCCUGAAGCUGUCAACAUGUACCUGUCGCAGCCCAAUUACAUCGAGCAGACUCUCAAGCAAGCUGGCAACGAAAAGCAGACCCUGGAGCAUCUACGAGACUUCCUGGUAACGGACAAGCCGUCAACUUUCGAUGACUGCAUUGUCUGGGCCCGUCAGCAAUUCGAAGCUCAGUACAACAACGCCAUCCAGCAGCUCUUGUAUAACUUUCCCAAGGAUUCUAAGACCUCUACUGGGCAACCGUUCUGGUCUGGACCCAAGCGGGCUCCUACCCCGUUGAAAUUCGACAGCUCUAACCCCACACAUCUCUCUUUCAUCAUUGCUGGAGCGAACCUUCAUGCUUUCAACUACGGAAUUGAGAACCACGGUGCAGACAAGGGAUACUACAAGAAGGUUGUCGAUAACAUGAUCAUUCCUGAGUUCACCCCCAAGUCUGGCGUCAAGAUCCAGGCUAAUGAGAACGACCCGGAUCCGGACGCUCCUGCGUCCGGCUCUUCUUUCGAUGAUGGGCGGGAGAUUCAACGGCUUGUUGAACAGCUUCCAUCUCCCAAGUCUUUGGCUGGCUUCCGCUUGAACCCAGUUGAGUUCGAGAAGGAUGACGACACCAAUCAUCACAUUGACUUCAUCACUGCGGCUAGCAACCUGCGUGCCGACAACUACGACAUCCCCCAGGCUGACCGUCACAAGACGAAGUUCAUCGCUGGCAAGAUCAUCCCUGCCAUUGCCACGACUACGGCCCUGGUGACCGGAUUGGUUGCCCUGGAACUGUACAAGAUCAUCGACGGUAAGGACGACAUCGAACAAUAUAAGAACGGCUUUGUCAACCUGGCGCUGCCCUUUCUUGGUUUCAGUGAACCUAUCGCUAGUCCGAAGGGCAAGUACCAGGGCAAGCAGGGUGAGGUGGUCAUUGACCAGAUCUGGGACCGAUUUGAGCUGGAUGAUAUUCCGCUUCAGGAUUUCAUCAAGCAUUUCUCCGACCUGGGAUUGGAGAUCAGUAUGGUCAGCUCUGGCGUCAGCCUCCUUUACGCCAGCUUUUACCCGCCAUCCAAGCUUAAGGACCGCCUUCCUCUUAAAAUGAGCAAGUUAGUUGAGCACAUUAGUAAGAAGCCUGUUCCGGAGCACCAGAAGAAUAUCAUUUUCGAGGUGACCGCGGAGGAUACGACUGAGGAGGAUGUCGAGAUCCCCUACGUUAUGGUGAAGUUGCGGAAGUAGACCAACAAUAGUUUAACUGGUCUAUGCUAUUAUUGGUUAUAAAAUGAUAUGCUGGUAUGAAAGUAGAUAAAUUUUAUGUAAGUAGAAACAAUUCUAUAGUUUUCUAUGCCAUGUUUACGUUUUAA